UUCGGCGACUUCUUUGGGAUUUUUCCCCUCCUCCUCCUCCUCCUCCUCCUCCUCCUGUGUUUAAAAAAAACCCCAAAAAACUUUAUACAUGAUUAGAACAAGGGGAACUGUCUGAUAAUCGCUACGUCGACGGUUUUGGUGGAUUUUCCUCUCUGGGCUGGUUGUAUUUUGUGAAGGAUGGCGCUGGACGGGAUCCGGAUGCCGGAUGGCUGCUAUGCAGACGGGACGUGGGAACUGAAGAUGCAUGUUACCGACCUGCACAGGGACGUGUCUCUGAGGGUCACCGGAGAAAUCCACAUCGGUGGGGUCAUGCUCAAACUCGUGGAGAAACUUGAUGUGAAAAAGGACUGGUCGGACCAUGCUCUGUGGUGGGAGAAGAAGAAGACAUGGCUGUUGAAGACCCACUGGACCCUGGACAAGUACGGCAUCCAAGCAGAUGCCAGGUUGCUCUUCACACCACAGCACAAGUUGCUGCGCCUCCAGCUGCCCAACAUGAAGCACAUGAAGGUCAAGGUCAACUUCUCCGACCGUGUCUUCAAGGCUGUCUCUGACAUCUGCAAAACAUUUAAUAUCCGCCACCCAGAGGAAUUAUCUCUACUGCGUAAGCCGCGUGAUCCCAAGAAGAAGAAGAAAAAGCUGGAGGAGGCAGAGGAGGAGGCUCUGGAGCUGGAGGGCCCUCUGCUUACUCCUGGAUCAGCCUCUGAGAUAAUAUACAUUGGACCUGUCAAAGGGAGUAUCUACUCCAGCCCAGGCCUGUAUAGUAAGACCAUGACCCCCACCUAUGACUCCAGGGACGGUAGUCCAUUGUCGCCCACCACUGCCUGGUUUGGGGACAGCCCCCUCUCCGAGGGAAAUCCCAGCAUCCUCGCUGUCAGCCAGCCGAUCUCCUCGCCAGACAUCCUGGUCAAGCUUUAUAAACCCCAGUCCCUCCUGGAUAAGGCCAAGAUCAACCAAGGGUGGUUGGACUCGUCAAGGUCUCUGAUGGAGCAGGACGUGAAGGAAAAUGAGGUGCUCCUGCUGCGGUUUAAAUACCACAGUUUCUUUGACCUCAACCCAAAGUACGAUGCCAUCCGGGUCAACCAGCUCUAUGAGCAGGCCAAGUGGGCUAUCCUGUUGGAGGAAAUCGAGUGCACCGAGGAGGAGAUGAUGAUGUUUGCUGCCCUGCAGUAUCACAUCAACAAGCUGUCAAUCAUGUCUUCAGACAACCACAUGAAUAACAGUGAGAAGGAGGUAGACGAAGUGGACGCAGCCCUGUCAGACCUGGAAAUUACCUUAGAGGGAGGAAAGACGUCCAACACACUGGGUGACAUCACAUCCAUUCCAGAGCUAGCAGACUAUGUCAAAGUCUUCAAGCCUAAGAAACUGACACUGAAAGGCUAUAAGCAGUACUGGUGUACGUUCAAGGAUAUUACCAUUUCCUGUUACAAGAGCAAAGAGGAGGCACAUGGGACACCUGCUCUCCAAAUGAAUCUUAGAGGCUGUGAGGUAACUCCAGAUGUCAACAUCUCCGGUCAGAAAUUCAACAUCAAGUUGCUAAUCCCAGUGGCUGAUGGCAUGAAUGAAAUCUGGCUUCGGUGUGAUACGGAAAAGCAGUAUGCCCACUGGAUGGCUGCAUGCCGACUGGCCUCUAAAGGAAAGACCAUGGCCGACAGCUCCUACAACCUCGAAGUCCAGAAUAUUCUGUCCUUCCUCAAAAUGCAGCACAUGAACCCAGACCCACAGUUCAUUGCCGAGCCAAUCACCACCGACAUCAACCCCGAGUGCCUGGUGUCCCCUCGUUACCUGAAGAAGUACAAGAACAAGCAGCCAGGCUAUAUCAGAGACUUGAUUUCAGCCAGGAUCCUUGAAGCCCACCAGAAUGUGGCCCAGAUGAGUCUCAUUGAGGCCAAGAUGCGUUUCAUCCAGGCGUGGCAGUCCCUGCCUGAGUUUGGAAUCACUCACUUCCUUGCCAAGUUCCAGGGUGGAAAGAGAGAAGAGUUGAUCGGCAUCACUUACAACCGUCUGAUCCGGAUGGACGCCGGCACGGGCGAUGCCAUCAAGACCUGGCGCUUCAGCAACAUGAAGCAGUGGAACGUCAACUGGGAGAUAAAGAUGGUGACAGUGGAGUUCGCAGAUGAGCCCAGUCUGGCCUUCAUCUGCGCUGAGGUGGACUGUAAGGUUGUCCACGAGUUCAUCGGCGGCUACAUCUUCCUGUCCACACGUGCCAAGGACCAGAACGAGUCUCUGGAUGAGGAGAUGUUCUAUAAGCUGACCAGCGGUUGGGUCUGAGUGUCCUUCACCCAAGCAACCAGGGGCCAACGGUUGUAGGCCAGGGGGUCGAGAUGGGUGCAGUUGUAGGGGAUGGCGGGCGGGCAGACGUCAUGGGUUUAUUUUAUUCUACUAUUUCUUGGUCUUUUGUAAUUGUUUGGAACUGUGCUAGAGGUUAAGCACAGCACCACUUUUUGCCAUGGCUGACACCGUUUUUAUCAUGUUAACGUUAUUGUUAUUUUUUUUUUUGUUCUUUUGUUUUUUUUUUUUUUGGCCUUAACGCUGACAAUGUCAUCUGUGAAAACACUAAUAUUCUGCUGAAUGCAGUCCAGACGAACUCUAAAUGUCAAACCCUCUUGCCUUCAUAUUGCCAGCAGAGGCCUCACACCACUUGGCAGGAAAUUUGGUGCUUUUCUUACAGCUCUUCUCCAACUCUCCUCCACCUGUGCCUCUUCCUGGAGUGUUGGCCGUCCUUGACAGCCUGUCAAAAAUGCCAGGAGUCCUUUUAAUCCCAAAGAUUCUUUGUCCUCUCCCAUUCUCUUCCCCUCUCUCCUGGACUAACGUAGCUGAUUUUGUCAAACUGUCAGCCAGCCAGCUAGAAUACGUCAUGAUGAUAGUCCCAACAGAUACCCACAGUGACAUGAUUAUCUAUCCGAGUACACACUUUCACAUAGAAUCCACUUGACAUGAAGGGUAGCUGCAGCACAUUUUUCCCGUUCUCUCCAGUCCAUGAAGGGUUUUCACGUCUUAUCUCUGUAGUUCAUAUGAAGUCACAAGUGAGCACUUCCACAGUAUAAAGACAGUCCCGUUUAUGAAUAAGCUGUAGUUAAAAGUUUGUUUUGCUGUUGUUUUUUCCGUUGCCUUCGUUUGCCGUUGUCUCGUCAGAGUUUGCGUUCGGUGGUAGUGAAUGAUGUUUCUUCCAUGUCGAAUCGUUCCAUGUAAUCUCGCCACAUACGACGACGCCCCGGAGCUUAAACCAGGUGUUGCUCUGUUUUAAAUGCACUGGAGUGAGUGUCCUGCGGUCCAUCCCAAAGCUGCCAGGGGAAAUUUGUCCGUCAGUGAUUAUCGUGUCCAAACUCUUACCACAGUCAAACACGGAUUGGGCAGUCGUCUCCUGUUUGGGGUUAUGGGUGUGAUUUAUGGCACUCAGUCUUCCAGACUUCAAAUAAUGAAUUGAGAAUGCAAAUUAAGAUUUUGCUAACAUGCAACAUUCAGCGCCAUGUGCACUAAUAUUCUGCCAAACAUAUCUAUCUUUGGCCACCUCAUCAUGUUGCCAGACGUCAACAACAUGUUUGAAUUUGCAUGCGGACAUUGAGAACCUCUCUGCCUCAUGCAUUUAUAGCCAAUUACAGCAGGGAUACAUUCAGUAUCCCCUUGUGCCACCUGCUGUCUGAUGUUACCAAUGUUCCUUCUUGACACCAUGUAGUAUUAUUUUCAUCUAUAUCAUUACGCACCAGCAGUAGGUCACCAAGUUUGAAGAAUAAAUAUGCAAUUUUUUUUGUCUUUUGUCCUCAGUAUGAAGGAUUAGUAAAUGAAGUAUUAGUUUUUGUAACUAAUGUAAAAACACAGGUUUUAUAGAAUUGUACAGUUUUUUUUUUUUGUUGCUGCUUUUUGUUUUAUUUUUUUUUGGAAGGAUUUUGUUUUUGUUUUCAAAAAUGAUGGGGGGGGGGGAUCGGUCACCAAUGUGUAGUAUCGACAGUUGUGCCUGCCAAUGACAUGGUCUUUUUGAGUUUUCAGAUAAAGAUAUAUAUAUAUAUAUAAGUAUAUAUGAUAAUGACACUAGUCUCAAACUCCAAGUUUAUAGGAUUUUAAUCAAGAUUUUUGUCCUCAUUACAUGUUAUAAUUUCUCUAAAGAAUGGAAACGUCACCUUUUCGAUGUUGUUUCUUGCUGACUCGCCCAAGUGUAUUUCAUUCUCUGCUUUGUAUUUUAGCUAUUGUGGCACUGAGUUGCUUUUUAGCUCACUCUUUAAGGUGGAAAUGCGGAUUUGCUGCAAAGUUUAUUUUGUCCAGCACCUUUUUGGAUGUCCCUAAAUGUUCAGGUUUUAUCACAGUCGAUAAGUAUUGACUAAUGUGUGGGUGUGAAUGAGAUCCACAUGGAUUAGAUCCAGGAGUUUGAGACAAAUCAGCAAAUAUGAACAGAAGUAAGAGAAAAACAAGCCUAGCCGAAUUUUUUUGUUUUCUCUAGUGUCGUUUUUUUUUUUUUUU